AGACACUUCGAUUAAUACACAAUCAUGACGCAGAUAUGACAUGUCUGAGUUGACAGUAAACACGGUGUGAAAUAUGGAGCUGGAAGAACAGCUUUCCCGUGACCAGGUCUCUUUAAAGCAGACACUGUCUCUUUACUUUCCGAAUCUAAGUGAUGACGUCCUGUAUGACACAGUUCUCGACAACAGAAAUAAGAAUGACUUUAGUCGAUGUGUCAAUCACCUGUUGGAUAAAUGUGGAGAAACCCGACAUCCGGUUGACGAAGCAAGUUCAUGGGGGCCCGCUUGUUGUCCUGAAAUGUUUCCGGAAGAUAUGACAGAUCCGCCAUGUGUCAAGGCUGCUGAAAAUGUCAAGGCUGCUGAAAAUGUCCCAGACAUGGAACAACUAUUAGAGGUUGUCCCUUACUGGUCCUGCAAUGAAGAAGAGCGACACGAUUUACGAAUGGUGUUUCUCGGAAAAACUGGAUCCGGGAAAAGUGCGACAGGAAAUACCAUUCUAGGCAAAGAUUCUUUUGAGACGAACUUUGCAGCUUCAUCAGUUACAGAGAAAUGCCAAGAAGAUUCAGCUUUAGGGUUUGGGAAAAAUAUGCUUUUAGUUGAUACUCCUGGGGCGUUUGAUACAAGUGUACCCAACAAGGAAAUCCUGAAAGAAGUUGCUAAAUGUAUCAGCUUGUCGUUGCCUGGUCCGCAUGUAUUUCUUUUGGUAAUUCAGGCAGGGAGGUUCACGCCGGAAGAAAACGACACUGUCAAGCAUUACGAAGAAGUUUUUGGGGAAGACAUGUUCAAUUAUAUGAUUUUAGUAUUCACGGGGAGAGAUGUCUUGGAGAAAAACAAGCAGUCUUUUGAGGGGUUCCUACAGACGAUACCAUCUUCAUUAAAGGACAUUUUAAAAAAAUGUAACAAACGCUGUAUUGCUGUCGAUAACACUUCGGACAGAAGUUCCCGCGACAGAGAUGCUAGGGAAGUGAUGGAGCUCGUCAAUGCCCUUGUAGAAGAACAUGGCGGCCAGUACUACACGAAUGAGAUGUAUGAGACAGCCGAGAGAAAGUGUCGUGAAAGGGAGGAAGAAGUAAGACGUCAAAAGGACAAAGAAAAACAAAAGGAAAAAGAAGAAAUGAAAAGACAGUUAGAGGAAGAAUAUCAAGAGAAUGCAGAUUUUCUGGAGGCUGAAAAAAAUAUGGCAGAACAGAAGAUGAACGAUCUCAUUAAAGAAAAGGAAAUGAUGGAGGAAAAGUUGACCGACAAGCAUAUGAAAGAUGAAAAAAUUGAGGAAGUGAAAAGGGAAUUGGAAAGAGUUCAACAAGAGGUUCAGCAAUACCAGGGAAAAGCGGAAGAUGCCGAACACCAGCGUCAAAGAUGUUUAAGAGAAAGAGACCAAAGUAUAGUACAUCAUUCAAAGGCAUUAGAUAAGAAAUAUGAAAGCAAUGUAAACUUUAUGGUUGCAUCGUCAAAGGCGGAAGCAGUGUUUACAAUGAUCAAGGGAGCUGCGGAGCUGGGAUGGGGUAUUUGGCAAGUGUAUAAUACAUUUAAACCGUUCUAGACUUUGACCCCUUCGUGAUGAUGAAAACAUCGAUGGCGGGAAUAACUUAUGAUUUAUCUACCAUGACACCAAAAAUAUCAUCAUCAAACGAACAGAUACGUCAAUCCUCUAAUAGGGGCCAAUCAACCAAUUGUUUUCCCAUAGACUUCAGUGUAAACGUUUUGGAGUAUAUCAUUAAAAUUCUUGAAUUCAAUAUGGCAAUUAUGGUUUAUAAUAAACGUUUAGGGUCUCAUAUAACACGUAAAAUAAAAAAAAAAGUUGGGUCCUUCAGCUCAAAUUUUGUCCAGGGUGGCCAUUUUGAAAAUGGGUGAAUUUCGCAGUAAAACAAUUCAGAAGUUUGAAAUGUUUACAUGUAAAUUAUUAUUACCUGAACUUUUGGGAAAAAAAUAAUGCGGACUUACAAAAUUUAUAUCUCCAUUUCUUAUAGAUAGUUACCUAUCAGGCUAUAUAUCUAUUUUGUUACUUCAUAACAUAUUGGCCAAUCAGUGGCUGCCAGACAUUUUAUCCCUGACUCAACUUUCAAUACACAGGGGAUGUUUUAAAAGUCUAUUUUUUCAAUUGGUUGGUUGUUCCCUAAUAAGCAAUAUCAAGAUAAAGUCAACAUGAUAGACCUUUACAGUUACGUCUCUUUAAAUGGAGAGAUGUUACUUCCCGUCGAUAGUUUACCAGCUAUCGUUGGUAGAUACCAUACCAUAAAUUGUUAGUUCUUAGCGGUAGUAACUAUUGACUUUCUCCUUUAUCAAUGCCAUAGCGUAAACAAUCAUGUGAGUCAGUCUUCAUUGCCAUCCCAUAAUCUCUCCGUACACACUUUACGGUUUGUUAAAGUUGACCUCUAGUUCGGACGUAUAUCGAAACAAAAUGUUAGCACCCGUUUAACCUUUGCUACAAAUCAGAAUUAUGUCUGACGAUGAUCUUCAAUACUAGCAUGUAGUAAGAAUGAAAAAAACUAAAAAGUCAUUUAAGAUUAGGAUACAUUUUGGAUUCUGUUGUCACAACCCAAGUUCUUAUUAGAGUUCGUGAUGUUAACGAUGCUAAUCGUGUCUGUUAAUCUCUUAACCUGAUAGCAAUAUUGAACCUAUUCUAACUUAACAUAUUGCUAACGGGUCGCUUAAAUCAACAAAGGGUUCAACUUUAGUCCCUCCUUAUGAAAAUGAUGCUGGUAUCGCCAGGUGAUUUUUGUUUAAAAAUUCCCGACCUGCUUUUCAUUUUGUAAAGUAAUUUAAUUAAAUGUUAUUAAAAUGUAAUGUGUCGAUUAUUUAAUAUAAAUGUUUUUUUGUU